AAUAUCCUCUCUCCAUAAGUCUUUGUCUUGGUUACAGGGACUGUAACCAGACAGGCUGAUUCCGAUCUUAGCGAUCUCGUUGGUGUGUAUGGUGUUAUCAGUUCUGACAACUAUCUAGGAGCCAUGUUGUGAAGACACGUGUAAACAUACAACAAAAGUUUGAGUUAAAUACGGUACUUGACUGGAAGCCAAUGCAACUGGAUCAGAACAGGCGUAAUGUAUUCGUAUUUUCCUGUCCACAUUACCACUCUGGCAGCAGUGUUCUGUACACGCUGAAGUUUUUCCUGUAUUGCUUGUUCACUCCAUAUAAUAGGGCAUUUCCAUAAUCUAAUCUCGAUGUUACCAAAGAGUUCACAAAUAUUUUACAUGCAACCUCAGAGAUGAAUGGAUGAAUGAUACCUAUCCGAUGGAUGUGCAAGUAGCAUGAUCUUGCAACGAAACUACAUUGCUUGUCAAUAGUAAGUGACUUGUCAAAAAUUGUCCCAAGAUUUUUCACACAAUCGGCCUCAGUUAUAAUGUAUUCUCCAAACGAAAUGUAAAAUUCAAGAUUUUCAGAUCUAUUUCGUUUCGGAACGAACACCAUGAGUUCUGUUAUGUCCUGAUUCAGCUUUGAUAAGUUUGAACCCAUCCAGUUGCGAAUAUCUGUUAGACAUGCCACAAGUCAUUCUAAAAUAUCAUCUCAGCUAUCCUGUGGUUCAACCGUGAUAAAAAUCUGACUGUCAUCAGCGUAGCAAUUGAAGAAAAUCCAUAUUGUGAAUAUCACACAUAUGACCGAUGGGUUAAGUAAACAGAGAGUAAAGUCGAGGCCCGAGAACGGAACCUUGAGGGACGCCAAUUUUUAUUUCUUGGGAUUCGGAUAAUUCAGAACCACUGACGUCUACCAAUCAAAUACGACCUGAUCCAAGAUAAAGCUGACCCAGAUAUACCACCAAAUUUUCGAUGUUUCGACAAAGAGAUCGUCAAGAGUUUCCUUCAUAGAUGACGUACAAUCUAACGGCAAAGAGCAUCAGAGAUCUGGGAUCUCCAUCCGAAAUUCCUCGACAGUUCCAUCCUACAGUUCCAAACAAUUGCUUACUCUAAGUUUUCUGGAAAAAUACACAUCAUGUCGCUGGAUGAUAGCAUUUUCAGGUUUAAUGAUGGUCACGUGUUCUAUUAUGUUACGACAAUGUAUGAGCAUGAUUGUCGUGUGCAUGGAAUCCAAUUAUGACGCCGGAUCCAAUUUUAACAUGGGAAACCAAUCAAGCACAAAUGAAACGAUGAAUUCCACAGCUCAGAGAGGGCAGUGGGACAUUGUUUGGGACAGUGAGAUGGAGGGCCUAAUUUUGCAGUCCUAUUUCUACGCAUUCCCCAUAUCGCCUUUGAUUGCCGGGUAUCUGUCUGGAAGAUUUAGUGGGAAGAAAGUGGUGAUUGUUAUGACAUUGUGUCUGGUUCUUCUCUCAGCUGUCUUGCCAAUUGCUGCCACAGUCAAUCCCUACCUUGUUGUAGUUCUGCGAUGCUGCAUCGGAUUAUCCGCGGGAGGUCUACAACCUAGUUUGACGGCGAUUAUUUCCAAAUGGGCGCCAGUGUCUGAGCGUGCUCAGAUAGUUGCUAUUGCAAAUGCAGGUACGAUGAUCGGAUCAAUAUUUUCCUUUUCGCUCUCUGGAUUUAUAUGCAUGAUUCCAAUUCAUAACGGAUGGCCGUUCAUUUUCUACAUCUUUUGCAUUGCCAAUGUGUUGUCUCUGCUGUUAUGGGUGUGUGUGGUAUACGACAGACCGGAUGAUCAUCCCAGAAUUACGUGGAAAGAACGGGCAAUCAUCAACUAUAAACGGCGGGACAGCACACUAGAAAAGAUGCCCUCCCCUCCUUGGAUAAAAAUCGUGACUUCCGGUCCUUUCUGGGGAGUUAUGAUAGCCGAUAUGUCAGACGCCUUUCUUGUUACGACCAUAGGGACUUUCCUGCCUUUAUACAUGAGCGACGUUUUGAAGUUUGAGAUUGCUACGAAUGGUUUGUUGUCUUCUUUACCAUCCAUUGGUCGGUUUGUCGCGGCCAUUGCUAGCGGAAUGUUGGCAGAUAAACUAAUGAACAAGGGAUAUCUCUCGGUAACUGCCACAAGAAAGAUUUUUCAAGCCUCAGGUAUGGUGUUGUCUUCACCGUUUCUGAUUUGGAUGAGUUACAUGGAGCAAUCCGAGAGGACAACAGCUGUUAUUCUACUGGUGACAUACUGGACAAUUCAAUCACUGAAUAAUGCGGGCUUCCGAGUCAACCACAUCGACAUCGCACCUAGGUAUGAGGGAAUGAGAGUGAAAGACAGCGAAAUAGCACUACAGAUUAUCGACAUCGCACCUAGAUUUGCUGGUGUUUUGAACGGCAUGACACGUAGUAUGGCGUCAGCAGCUGCAUUACUUUCACCCAUCGUUACAUCGGAGUUAACCAAAAACGGCACUCGAGAGGAAUGGCAGACCGUCUUCUUUAUCUGUACCGGGGUAGGACUAACAGGGGCCAUGGCGUUCGUCCUCCUUGGUAGUGGAGUGGAACAGGAGUGGGCCAAGGACCCCAACAUGAACGUUGAGAUAGAUGUGUAUACCACGGAGGAAGAUAAAAAUACGGUGCUAAGAAUUAUGGGUAAUGGAACUGAUAAAGAACAAGAUGGGGACGUCAACGGAAGUUUGGACAAUGUUAACGAAAUCCACAAAGGAACUGUAAAUAGAGCCUUCGAUGACCAGGAAAUUAAAAAAUUUGGAGGACAUGUGAAAUUGUCGUCUUCGUUUAGAUCCCAGUCACAUGAUUUUGAUGUACCAAUAACAGAUAACAUUGAUUCUUAUGAUGACGAAAACAAUAUUGAAAACGAAAGAGAUUCACCAGAGAUUCAUAAAACAGACAGGGAUAAUCAAUCCUUGACUUUCGUAGAGAAAAGAAAACACAUUAGAGAAAAUUCAAGACUGAAUUUUCCUGAAAGCAAAUAUUUAACGGAUGAAAAUGGUACCCAAAGUAAGGAGGUAGUUAUUACACGACUUUGAUAAUACUACGAAUCGUACAUGACUUACAGACUGCAUGGCAAUGAUAGAUGAAUAAAAAUAUCCAAACUUUGGAUGUAGUUGUAUAGUAAAAUUCAAAGAUGUUCAGAAUUCUAUGUUGCCUUUAUGCAUAUUGAAAGGUAGAUACACAAACACAGAGAACAAAGGGUUCAACUUUCCAGUUCUUUCGAAAUCCAAAUACAUGUACAUGCACUCAACAUUAUGUUACUUGCAAUUUGUAAUUCUAAACCUGAAAGACUGCCAACUUUGAAAUAAUGUAGAAAAAGAAAAUAUAUAUCUAUUUAUUGAUAUGGGGCAAAAUGAAACAAAUCAUUGUACACAUGUGUGUAAGUGUAUUAGCGAAAACAUCUCAGAAAAAUCAUGUUGCUAUAUAUAUAGUAAUGAAAUAUUUUGGAUUUUUUACCAUUCCUGAAUAAUUCAAUAUAA